AUGGCCGCGGAGCUGGCUAUGGGCGCAGAGCUGCCCAGCAGCCCACUGGCCAUCGAGUACGUCAACGACUUCGACCUGAUGAAGUUCGAGGUAAAGAAGGAGCCGCCCGAGGCCGAGCGCUUCUGCCACCGCCUGCCGCCCGGCUCGCUGUCUUCGACGCCCCUCAGCACGCCCUGCUCUUCGGUGCCCUCUUCGCCCAGCUUCUGCGCACCCAGCCCGGGCACCGGUGGCGGCGCGAGCGGCGGGGGCAGUGCGGCUCAGGCCGGGGGCGCCCCGGGGCCGCCGAGCGGAGGCCCCGGCACUGUCGGGGGCGCCUCAGGAAAAGCGGUGCUGGAGGAUCUGUACUGGAUGAGCGGGUACCAGCACCACCUGAACCCCGAGGCGCUCAACCUGACGCCCGAGGACGCCGUGGAGGCUCUCAUCGGCAGCGGCCACCACGGCGCGCACCACGGCGCGCACCACCCGGCGGCCGCUGCGGCCUAUGAGGCCUUCCGGGGCCAGGGUUUCGCGGGCGGCGGUGGCGCGGACGACAUGGGGGCCGGCCACCACCACGGCGCCCACCACACUGCCCACCACCACCACUCUGCCCACCACCACCAUCACCACCACCACCACCACGGCGGCACGGGCCACCACGGCGGAGGCGCGGGUCACGGCGGAGGCGGCGCUGGCCACCACGUGCGCCUGGAGGAGCGCUUCUCCGACGACCAGCUGGUGUCCAUGUCGGUGCGGGAGCUGAACCGGCAGCUCCGGGGCUUCAGCAAGGAGGAGGUCAUCCGACUGAAACAGAAGCGGCGCACGCUCAAGAACCGCGGCUACGCACAGUCGUGCCGCUUCAAGCGGGUGCAGCAGCGGCACAUUCUGGAGAGCGAGAAGUGCCAGCUCCAGAGCCAGGUGGAGCAGCUGAAGCUGGAGGUGGGGCGUCUGGCCAAGGAGCGGGACCUGUAUAAGGAGAAAUACGAGAAGUUGGCGGGCCGGGGCGGCCCCGGGGGCGCGGGCGGGGCCGGCUUCCCUCGGGAGCCCUCGCCGGCGCAGGCUGGCCCCGGUGCAGCCAAAGGCGCGCCCGACUUCUUCCUGUGA